CUUAGAGGUUCUGAAAUGCCUUAUUUCUACAGAACAGUUGUGCUAGGUUCAGUUCCCCCCUACUUACAAGUUGCAGAAAGCUAUGGUGAGCCUUUUUUAUGACUUCUACUCAGGAAACCAUGGACAAAAAGGAGGCGCCAACUAGUAAAAAACCCAAGAAACGAGUGAGGCUGGAGGCUGCAUUCAAGGACUUGUCAAUGACACUUCUUUGGGUGUUGUUUGCUGCCUGCCUCCUGUCUGCAACCUAUGGUUACAACAUCUGGCUGAUCUACUCCCCUUCUGUGCUCAUAAAAGACUUUUAUAACGUAACCACUUUCCCCCCGAAGAUGAACCCCAACAUCAAGUUAUUCUUGAUGUCCUCCUCCAUCGCUUUAUAUCCACUGGGAGGUACAUUUGGGGCACUUCUAAUUGGCGUCCUGGAGGAUAGAUGUGGCAGGAAAGGUACUUUGAUUAUUACUAAUGUUUUGUCCAUUCUCUCUGCUGUACUCAUGGGUUGCACACAUGAGGUAACUACAUAUGAAUUCAAAAUGGUUGCACGCUUGGUGACUGGAAUAUGCUCAGGAAUAAUCUACAGUGCUGUUCCCAUAUACAUUGGCGAGAUAUCGCCUGUAGAGCUGCGAGGAUGCAUAACCAUGACGGCCAACUUCUUUUUUUCCAUUGGUGUCUUGUUGGCUCAGACCCUCGCUCUUCGGGAAGUCCUGGGGAAUGAAAGAGGUUGGCCGAUUCUGAUGUGCUUUGCUGGGGUCAUGCCAGCGUGUCAGGUCUUCCUACUGCCCUUCAUUCCUGAAAGUCCUAGGUACUUAUACAUUCAGAAGAAGGAUGAAGAUGGUGCAAGAGAAGCCUUGCAGAUGUUGAGAGGACGGGAAGACGUGGAGGACGAGAUGGAUGAGCUCCGCGAGGAGUUCUUUGCUGCGAAGGCAGAAAAGCCCUUGAACACGCCCAAAUUGCUCUGGAAGAGAAGCCUGCGAUGGCAAGUCAUCACUGUAAUUACCUUGAUGGCUUCCCAGCAUCUCACUGGAGUCAUUGCGACUUACUAUUAUUCAGAGAGAACCUACAUAUAUACACAUAUGGGAAAAGACAAUGUCCGCUUCAUGAGUAUAGCUACCACUGUGAGUUUCUGCCUGGCAAACAUAUUUUCGAUGUUUUUAGUUGAUUCUGUGGGGCGGAAGAUUCUGCUUCUCUCUGGCUUUGGGAUCUGUGGCAUCCUCUGUGUUGUGUUAGCAAUUACUGUGGAAUUGCAGGACACCAUAAGUGAGAUGGCGUAUUUCAGCACAGUUUUUAUUCUCCUAUUUCUCCUUGCGCAGUGCAUUGGCCCAAAUUCAACUCCGUGUCUAAUUGUAUUGGAGCUGUUCCUUCAGACAUCACGGGCCUCAGGCUUUGUGAUUGCGGGCUUUGUGCACUGGUUCAUGAACUUUGUAUCAGGAGUGCUUUUUUAUCACACAGAGAAGUCGAUUGGAUCCUACUGCUUUCUGCUUUACUUCCCUAUCUGCCUAGCCACCUUUUUGUUCAUCUUGAAGUUUCUCCCAGAAACCAAGAAGAGGACCUUUGUGGAUAUCAAGAGAAUCAUGUUGCUGCGGUCAGUCAAGAAGGUCUCAGCCACGGUGGUAGAUUAGAAACUCGAGAAUCACCCUAUGCAGUUAUUUAGUUGGGAUUUUUUGUUUUUGUUUUUGAAUUUCCAAACAAAAGAUUCUAAGAAAGCUCUUAUUGAUAUCCUCCAAUUGCCUUAGUUCAGCUAAUGUAGUAAUAAUAUAAGAUUCCCUGCUGAUCUAAAAACCAGUCUUCUUCUUUUUUACAUUCAGUCUUACCUGUGAAAACAGGGACAAACUGAGAAAGCAGACAACCUACCUCUUAUUAGCUGCCAUCUUUUCAAUGUUUUGGCUGAGUCAAAAUAUAUGGAGAUUGGGGAUGGGCAGUAGCUCAGUGGGUUUACAAGAAAGAGGUCCUAGGUUGAACCCUGAGAACUUCCAGGUGGAGCUAGGAAGGAUUUUAACCUGAAGACCUGGAGAACUGCUGCCAGUCCUUGCAGACAGUAUUGGACAUACCAGUUGCCCAGCUUCAGCAUAAAACAGCUUCCUCUGUUCAUUGAUUGUUAUCUCAAUGGCUUUGUUUGAGCUGCUUGUGUACAGAAAUGGAUAUAUUGGGGGGGGGGGGAAUGUGCUUGCAAAAAUGUGAUCUCAGGCAAAAUUGCAUACAUGAUGUGCAUUUUAGGAGAAAUACAUGCUAAAUUGCUGGGAAAUUUUCAUUAGGCAAAGGGAAUGUGGUGAAGUGAACCUAAGACUGGAAUAAUGAAAUAUAUGUAUAAACUGAAAUUCAUCAUCCCUAGGGACACUUCUACAUUUCAUUUUCUGAGUUUCAUAUUUAAAUAUAUAACAAAUCAGUUUGUCAGAGAAGUGUUUACCCACCUCUGCUUUUUGUGACUGGUAAAUGGCUCUGUUUUGUCCCCCCUUUUUGUCUUUUCAAGAUGCCUUUGUUUGUUUGUUUGUUUAAUACCCUGCCUUUCUCCCUGGUCAACACCCAAAGGGGCACAUAGCAUGAAUGUAAACAGCUAAAACCACACACUAUUAGAAACAACACGGAAAACACUGAAAACCUUUUAAGCACACAAGUCAAUGUACAACACUCAUCCUCAGAAAACCCAGCCGUACCAGUAACUGAGCACCUGAAGGCCUGUCUUAACAACAACAGCAACAAGUGUUUGUCUACCAGUGAAAGAAAAGCUAUGGGUGGGGGAGAGGCCCUAGCUUCCCAUGGAAGAGAGUCAGCUCCACAAUCUGAGAGCAGCUACCGAGAAGGCCUUAUCUGCUGUUAACAUAUCGCUAGCUUGGUUUGCCUAUAAUGUCUCUUUUAAUGGUUCAGUUAUAUCCCUGGGAUUUUUAGAAACUAAAUUUCUAAGACACAUCUUGUCUCUUAAUGCAUAAUGUAUAUAGAAUGCACACACACAAAUACUAAACUGCCAUUUCACAGGCUUAUGACAUAUGUUUUGGACAGAUGAUAAUAGAUCAUUGGACAACUGUUGUUCCCACCCCAACUCCAAAUCUUUUCAGCCUAAAGAGUAACUGCUACAUUGGGCUUUAAAAGAGGAUGCCAUACAGAAUACAAUAGUCUUCAGCAAUAUGUAAUGAGAAUGUUGCCCCACGUUGAUCCUUGGAAUGAGAAAAAAUGGUUGUCACAGUAUUUCCCAGUGCAAACUUUUGAGUGGUGUUGAACAUGAAUGAACCCUGUAGAUCCAUCCAAUGAGAAAAUGAGCAACACAGUCUAUUGACAAAUCUAGAAACCAAUCACACAUAUAUGACAACUUACAUACUUUGUGCCAAUCCUGGAAAACUUCAUGGGAAAGAAAAGGUUUAAGUUGCAAUGUGCAACACGGAUGUGAGGCUGCUUUGAAAACUACUCGGAAACUCAUGGGUGGUAGGGAGGUGUUGGAGAACAGGCCUGUGUGUGCCAUGUUGCGUACCCUGGGACCACGUAAGCUAGCCUGCUGCCCUUGGGUACAGUGGAAGAUUCUGACCCAUGGCAACGGUUGAACUAAAAUUCCACUGCCAAUCUAUUUAUACAUGGACCCGAGGUACAUCUUGUCCUUCACCUACGCCAGUAUUUAUUGGGGAUCUAUGCCCCAUCCCUCUUUGAUUCAUAUUGUAAUCACCCCCAAGCAGAUAGCAUCUACCAUUGCAGCAAAACCACCACCAUUCCAAAGUUUGGCAGGCUUCAUCCCUUCAUCGGGGUGACCAUUCCGGCAUCUUGCAUCCAAUUAUGGGCAAAAAUAAAAUAUGUACAGACA